GCGGGGUAUUAGGUUAAUGGCGGUGCAAUGCUUUCGAAAUCUUACUAGUCCGCUUAUCGGGUGGUAUUGUUUUCUCGUUGUGGGUGACCAGCUUCUAUCGAUUUUAUUCUAUUAUUAAAUGUUUAUCAGCUGUAUGCAACAAUAAUUUUCAAUACAUUGUAGUAAACUGACAUUGUGUACAUCGAAUUUUUUUCAGUUCAAACGCGUUCAUGGAACCUUUGAUAAAAGCCGUGCGUGAUUUUCUUAACCUUUUGGAACACAAUCAACAAAAUAUCAUUAGUGUUCAAAGUACUCCGUCUAUAGGGAAUAAUCCCGUACCAAUGCCUGGUUGUCCAGCAUGUCCAGCUAAUUUUGUUCCUGUGAAUCAUAGUUAUUUUACUCAGGAGCCAGUAGUACUGAUACCUAGAUUGAUGGAUAACUCGGCUGCUAACAACUGUAGUAUUGACACUGUUUGUAACGCAAUCAAGUCACCAAGAUUUUCCCUUACCUUAAAUACCUCAGAGAUAAUCGAGCUUUAUUCAUGGUGUCCUGUUGGACCCCAGUCAGAUGGAGAUUGUUGUCUUGCUGGUAUCGAAAGAAGAUCAAGCCAAACAUUAUGUAGAUUUGUGAUUACAAAUCGUGUAUCAUCUGUCUCAGAAAGUGAUCGAAAUGUUCAUACUGAAGACGGUAAUACUUAUAAUUUACGUGGAAGCUUUUCUUGGUCAACAUUUUGUGCACUUAACCCUAAUUUACCACUAAAUUCGCCUCCAAAUGGGAUAAUUGAUGCAUUUUCUGGUGGAUUCCCCAUAAGAAACUGGAGAAGUUGGAUCCAAGGAUUAAAUUACUUUCUAUCUACGGGAUCCGAAAGGACUAAAGAACCUGCUGCAACUGGAUCCAAUCUGGAACCUAGGAAUAUGAUGACUUUUCUUGCACCCCAGCCGAAAAAGGGCGAUCAAUACAGUCGUAUCUUGAGUUCACGUAAUCAUGAUGUGGAUUUGGAUUCAUUUGUUCAGAAUACAUUUCACCGUUUAGAAAAUGAUUUGCAAACAUCUAAUCGUGUUGUUAAACUCAAAAAUGUUAAGGCGAAUCAUCAUAUCCGGAAGAUACCCACGGAAGACACUGAAAAUAACUCAUCUGUAACUUCUUACUCCCAUUUCACAUCCGUAUCUAAUAAUCAAUUGGUUAACCAUCGGUCGAGGAAAUCUAAAAAGAGAAAUUCUUUUAUGGGAAGGUUGGAAAACAAUGUGGAAAAUGGGUUGGAUGCGACAGAUUAUAUGAAUAAGCCAAGUAAACAAAGAAACAAGACGCAUAAACCCAUUUUAAUUACAACUAAAAAAGGCGAUAUUUUGCAGAAACGUAGAAAUGAACCACUACGUAAUAUCGUUUCAAAUUAUGACUCAACAUUGAACGAUUCCGAUGAUAUCGAUUCACGUUAUCGUUUGUAUACAGCUUCAGGCAAAGUGGUUGAUGUUAGAAAAUUAAAUCGUACAAAAUCUGGUCGUUUAGUUCUGCCAAAGCUAGAUACACGUUAUGAACAAAGUGUUGUUUUGAAUCAUGGAGAGAUAAUGGGUGUCAGUCGUAACGCAGAUGAUGAGACUAUCCUAUCCUGGCUUUCUGAAUCUUCAAGUAGCUAGUCAACCAUUUGUAGAUUUAUGUGGUAUAAUACAUUAUAAAUUUAUAAGCUUAUUCUAUGUAUAUAUUUCUUUCAAUAUUAAUCCUUAUUUUUACACAUAUGCUUAUAUUUGUACGCUAAUUUUGAAUUGUUUUCGUAAAUGUAUGUUCAUUGUUGAUGAGAUAAAGUUCAAUGAUUACCGGGUUGACAUUGUCGUUUGAAAAUCACUAUAUAACUAACUGGUUAAAUUAAUUUUUAAAGAUUUUAAGCAUUUCAGAU